CGAAAUCAACCCAAACAAUCCCCACACUCUCUAUGUUUUUUCAUCUCUUCACGCUAUAUAUAUAUAUAAACUAAGUUACACACAUCUAUAUAUCAUUUUCAUCUUCUUUUUUUUUCAUUCUAUGCAUACAUUUCUAUAUAUAUAGUCGUGUUUGACCAUACAUAUCAUCGAUGAAAUAAGCCGAAAUUGAAGAUUUUUCUGAUUUUUAAUUUCCUACCAAUUUCAAUCCCUACCCAUUUCAGAUAUCAUCACUCUACUAAUAGUUUGUAUUGGAAAUUAUAUAGAUUUUGACCCAAGAAGACAGAUUCGCCAUGUAGUGAUGAAUAUGAAUCGUGGUUCUACAAGCAAGGAUGAUCAGAAACCCAGUUGUGUUUUUGCUGUUGAACAAGGAACACGGGGAACUCCGAAAAAAGCAGUGGCUUUCUGGUUGUUUGCAUCCCAUUCUGGCUCUUGCUGUAGUUUUGGUAGAGAUAUAAACUAGGUUCUUGGAGUUUCAGUGGAUUUCUUAUAAGUUAGCUGGAGAAUCGUUGAAAGAGAUGGAAUCCAAACAGCAUACACCAAGUGUUAUUGCAAAAUUGAUGGGUCUAGAUGAAUUUCCACCACAGCAGCCUAUCCACAAACAACAAAGAGUGCUCUCCGAGAAUUAUCUCCGAAAAACUGCUUCUAUAGGUUUACGAGAGAAGCGGUCAUGCCAUGACGGUCAUCCAUCUAAGAUCAAAGUUGAAAGGCAGGAAGAAUGUAGGGAUUGCUUUGAAGUGCCUGAGAUACCAAACGUGGAUAAACAUUGUACUCAAUCAGUUAAAAAGGGGGAAGGAAAAUUAAUCAUUACUGAAACGAAGAUGCCAAAUAAAAGGUAUAAGAUCACAGAUGCUAAAUGUCUUUCACUGCAAGGAUUGAAGGACGCGACAUGGUUUCCCCCUACAAGGAUUGUUGUCCUAAAACCAAAUAUUGGCAAGCCACAUAAUGCUGUAAGAUCUUUGUUUUCGCCUAGUCCUCAGAAGAGUUUUCAGCUGUUUGACAGAAAGCAUAUAUUUUCUAAACCAAAAUAUGGAGGAUCAUAUGAUGAAGUAAGAAAGAGAGAAAGCUGGGCCGAUGAUGCUGAACCUUCUAGGCAUAGUUUUAGAGUUUCUAGGGAAUUUGCAAAGGAAAUUACGAGACAAAUAAGUCAUAGUAUCAGCAGCAGUUCUACAGUGGUAUCAAGAUCAGAAUUUAGAGUUGAUGACACUUCUGCAAAUGAGUUUGAUGCAGUGAUGCCUUCUUGCCCAAGUUUCUUUGAUUGGAAGAACCGGUGCCAAACGUCACGUACUUCUACAAAUGAUUCAUCUUUGGCCAGGGAAGCCAAGAAACAAUUGUCAGAGCGCUGGAAAAUGAUCAAUAGGUCCCAAGAAAUUGGAGUGUCUAGCAGGGGUAAUACGCUCGGCAAAAUGCUUGCUAUGCCUGAUCAAGAAACAAAGCCAAUAAAUUCGAAUAACAAGCUUGAUAAACAUGGGCUGAACAAUCAAUUUAGUUUGGAUGGUGGAGAUGCAGACUUGGACAGCCCUAUUGGUAUUAGUAGCAGGGAUGGGUGGAAGGAUGUGUGUGCCAGAAACUUGCCAAGAUUCAGAGCUCUUCCUGGCGCUAGAAGUACUAAAUCUAACACCAGGAAAGGAGUUUUUCACAAUGAUUUCUCUUUGAAGCUAGAAGAAGCUGCUACUAGGGAAAAGAAUGAACCAAGGAAGCCAAACUUUUCCUGGAAAGAUAGUUCGAAACCAAGAGACUCAAGUUUUAGCCAUGAGAAAUCUCAGUCCAGUCCUAAUUUAGAUUCAGAGGAUGAUAACACCAUACAAGGAACUCGCUUGAUCCUGGAUGAGAUUCAAAACAAAAUUGUCAAAGAAGAUCUAUCUGGUGAAAAUCCUGUGGUUUCUAAGUUAUCUAUUUGCAGUGUUCCAUGUUCGGAUUUUGGUAGUCACACGGUACAAGGAACUCAGGUGGUUCCUGAGGAUAAGCUGAAAUUUUUUGCGGAGAGCAAUCUGUCUGAAAACUCUAUGGUUCCUAACUUGUCGAUCAAUUCUGUUGCCUCUGCAAAUAUGGCUGCAGAAGUAUUGGUAAUUGCAGAAUCCGAAAAUGUGCGAUUAUCUUCUGGAACCUGUGAGGAGCAACAGUCAGAAUCAAGAGCCUGCAUCUUGGUAGUAAAAGAUGGACAUACUUCACUUCAUGCCUUGGAUGCUUCAGAUGGACAGGAAUCAUCAAUUGAGUCCUCUAAAGAUGCCUUGGCUUCUUCAAACUGCCCCAAAAUUGACCCAGAAUUUCAUAUGAGCUUGGGGGAAGGUUAUUCACCUAGUCCCAAUUCGGUUCUUGAACCACCUUUUCAAGAAGAAGUAUCGUAUGGCUCUGAAUGCUUUGAGAGUGUCAGUGCUGACCUCCAUGGUUUACGGAUGCAACUUCAACUUCUGAAAUCAGAGUCAGAUGAAGCAAACUCUGAAGGACAUGGAAUGGCUGUGUCGAGUGAUGAAGAUAAUGAAGAAGGAUCUGUUGAUCUUUCCGAAGAAAAUAGUAAAUUUGUGGGAAUGUUCAUAGCCGAAGAGAGUAGGGAUUUUUCCUACAUAAUUGAUGUGUUGGAUGAGGCAGGUUUUCAUAGUGGGAACUUGGAAAUGAACUUUGAAGCAUGGCAGUCUCCAGAAUGCUUAUUAAGCUCCUCUGUCUUCGAGAUUCUAGAGAAGAAAUACGGUGAGCAAACAUCUUGGAAGAAGUCAGAAAGGAGGCUUCUGUUUGACCGUUUAAACAUGGGGUUGAUGGAGAUUCUCCGACCAUGCAUGGACAUGUACCUGUGUGCAAAACCCUUCAGAAAGAAGUUUAGCCUCUCACGGACCCGUGAGGUGGUUGAGGAAGAACUAUGGACGUUACUGGUCAGCGAGGAAAAAGAAGUAUGCAAAGACUUGUCUGAAAAGGUUCUAGGAGGAGAAUCCAGGUGUAUCAGGUUAGGGGAUCAUAUUGAGGUAAUUGGUAUAGAAAUAGAAAGAUUUUUGUUUGAUGAAUUGGUAGCGGAGUUAGCUAGCACUGAGAGUUUUUAAGUGGGUGUUUCUGUUUUUUGCCCAUAUAUAUAAUACUACAUCAAUUUUGGCAUAUGUAUUUAAUGUGUGUAUAGCGACAAUUUGUUAUUAAAUAAGGUUUGAAAGUGGAUAUAAAGAUCAAGUUUGUUUGUUCUGAAAAGUUAUUGGAAGGGUUGACGUAGUAUUUUUUAU